AUGUCCGCAUCGUCUGUAUCGUUGAAUACAGACGUGAAUGUGAGAUAUGAGAAGUUGGCUACUGAGUAUGGGAAGCUGCGGGCACAAGCUAAGGUACUAAGGGAAGGUGUUCUGGAUGAAAGAGCGAAAAAUGAAAAAGCCAAGGAAGAGUUAAAAAACAGAGACUCUGUCAUUCGGAAACUUCAGAGCGAAAAUGAGAGUUUAAUUUUCCGAAAUGAACAGCUCUCUAAACGGGUUGAAGCGCUUCAGACUGAAGUUGAGCAAUCGAAGGUUCAAAGUAGUAGAAGUUCCAAGAAAGUCAAGGAUAAUCCUUCUAAAGAUGUUCUUGAACAACUUCAAAGUAUGACAAAGAAAGUGGUCGUAUUGGAAGAGGAACUCGCCAACAAACUCGCCCAAAACGAAACUCUCUCUCGAAAGCUCGUUGAAAUGGAAAAUGUACAUAUUGAAGAAAUAUCAGAACAGUCAGAAAAGUUCAGAGUUGAAAUCACCAAGCUUGAUAAAGCUCUUCAAGAUGCUCUUGCUGAUAACACCAAGACUUCUAAAAGGAGACCUGUCGAGCCUGUUCGUCCCUUGUACAUUCACGCUGAGCCUAGAAAAAACUCGCCUGAUCCAAUUGAUCAGCUAGCACCAAAGAGCACAAUGGACGGUUCCAUCUUCGAAGAUGUAUCUGAUGUCUAUCUCCAAGGAUUAGAAUCUUCAAAGCAAAUCCUACAAAAUUUAUCUAAUUUAUUUCACCUGUUAUCCCAAAGAAGUACGCUUUACCCAUUCGAUUCCUCAAUGGAACAACUACCUCGAAAUAUAAAUGAGCUUUCAGUUGAACUAUCAAGCAAAUGUACCCUUAUUAGCAAUUCAGUUGAUGUCAUUGACGAAAUUAUUAACCGCGGCUCAAUCGACUGGACCUCAGAUACCAAGCUACUUCAUGCUUCUCUUGCCUCGUUUGUUUCUAGUUGUAGCGAAUCUCUGACCAAACACUUACAUGAGUUAUCUCGUGAAGAGAGCAAAACGCUUUACGCUGAUAAAAAAAUCGAAGAACUUAAUAGUCAAUGGUGUGAUGCUCUUCUCGAACUCAUCCGAACCAUAUCAGAGCUAACAUAUGUUCUGAAAGACUUGGAUAUGGAAGUGAUAUGCGAAAAGAUGAUCAGCUUCACGGAAUCUGUUCAGAAUGUGGAACGAAUAUUCUCUGACCGAUGGAAGAUUGAGUCCCGCUUUCCAGCAGCUUCUAAGAAACUUCAUUGCAUUUGCGAUGCUAUUAUGGACUGUAUGAAAAAGCUCUCCAUAGAAGCUAACAAAAUAAGUUCGAAGCUGAACUCCAUAGUUCAUUCAGUUGCUGAGCCUCCUGCGAACUCAUGUGAAGAAACUCCUGAUCAACCAGAAGAGCCUCAAUCUGUUGUUGAAGAAGUUAUAUCAGUGGAGAUCUCUCCUAAAUUCGAGUUUUCCGAAACGACAGAAUGCUUAGUGUCUCCUCCCAUACGCGAUUCUUCCAAGGAAGACAUUCUGAUUAUAAACACUUUGAAGGAGCGUGUAGCUGAGCUGGAGCUUGAGAGAGAGAAGCAUUUGGUUGAUUUAUCUCUUCUCAAAAGGAAAGUCGCAAAUCUUCAGUCGACUGGGAAUGAACACAUAGAAAAUGUGGAGAAUAUGAGUGAUGCUGAUCAUGUCAGAGAGUUUGGUAAAUCGCGUCUAAUACAUUUGAUGGAUCAGAGGCAGCAGGCAGAGUCCAAAGCAAUGCACUAUCAUAAGGAAUGUGCCAUUUUGAUAAGAAAAAUUAAGUCAUUGCGUGAAACUAAUGUAAAACUGGAAAGUGAUAUAAUCGAAAUGAACAAGUGCAGAGAGAAGUUGGAGGAUGAACUAUGCUCCGUUCGUCAUGGUUACGAUACUCAGUUGUCUUCGCUCUCUGAACAUAUAGCUGAAUUGAAUGCGAAAGAGAAGAGCAAAACUCAGAAUGUACAAAACUCAACAACGAUAACUACUAGAGGGCUGAAAUCCCUUUUCAAAUAG